AUGAAGGGCAUGUAUGUGCCAGUCACUAUCGGUGGGACACAGCUGAGUUUUCUGGUAGACACAGGAGCAACAGAUACAUACAUCUCCAAGUCAGGCUAUAGGAAACUACAAGAGAAGCCUACAAUUCAAACUACUACAGAGAAGGUUAUGCUUGCAGAUGGCUCACAACUAGAGGUGGAUGGAAAGAUCCACACAGAAGUGAUAAUAGGCCAGGGAAAGGCAAGGAUCACCCUGAUUGUCGCUGACAUCUGUAGCGAUGGAGUCUUGGGCAUGGAUAAUCUUCUGCAGUUAGGAGCAAGGCUUAACUUGGAGACUGCUACAAUGGAAAUCAAGUGGGGUUCAGUUCAGUGUCGCCAUGAAGACAACACUAGAACUUGCUUCCGCAUCAUAGCUACUGAGAUGUACACUAUACCGGCAGGCCGAGAAGGCAUCAUUACAGGAAAAGUACUGGAUGGGGUUUCAGAUGACGUUACAGGCAUGGUCGAAGCAUCAAAUGAUAGACGUCAACUUACAAAGAAAGGCAUCAUCUUGGUCAGGACCCUCGUCAGAACUAGUAAUGGAGCAGUCCCAGUUAGAGUAUACAACCCUACAGGAUCACAACGUGUGAUAAAGAAGGAGACAGAGCUAGGAUAUUUGUCGGCAGUAUCAGAACCAGAUAUCCAAGCAUCUCAGCUUUCCAGUGAGGAUAUUAUUCUACCAGAGUACUUGACUGAUUUGUACGAGCGGAGUAUACUAGAGGUGCCAGAGCAGUACCAUGCACCUAUUGCUAAGCUACUGACUACAUACCAGGAUGUCUUUUCUAAGGGAGACUAUGAUCUGGGGAAAACCAACCUGGUGAAGCAUACAGUUGACACCGGGCAGACCAGACCAAUCAAACAGAGGCCACGGAAACAUCCAUUUGGACAGCGAGAUGAAAUCAGGAAGCAUGUCAACGAUCUUCUGGACAGGGAACUCAUCGAGCCUUCAGACAGUCCAUGGGCAGCCAACAUCGUCUUAGGAAGAAAGAUGGCUCCCAACGCUUCUGUGUUGAUUACGGGCAACUAA